AUGCCCACAAACGCUGUCGCUUUGUUAAUCUUAUCCUUUUUUAUCCAACUCCUCGCUCUGCCACUAACCUUGGCCGAAACAAAUACAUUUUCUGAAGGCACAAAAUAUUUGUAUCCAGAAAUCCUUAAAGAUGAGGCAGUGACGAGACUUGUUGAUCUUGGCAAGGUAAGUGAUUCACAUGGAUUUCUCGAGAGAACUUUCCAAAGUCCAGCUUCUGUCAGUGCAGGAAACCUUAUUCGGGAGUGGAUGGAGGAUGCUGGUUUGAGGACGUGGGUGGACCAAAUGGGCAACGUGCAUGGUAGGAUUGAAGGGAUGAAUCCAAGUGAGAAGGCUUUGUUAAUUGGCUCUCAUUUGGACACCGUUAUUGAUGCUGGAAUGUAUGAUGGUGCACUGGGAAUCAUUGCUGCAAUAUCUGCAUUGAAGGUGUUGAAUAUCACCGGAAGACUUGGAAGACUCAGGCGGCCAGUUGAGGUUAUUGCAUUUAGUGACGAGGAAGGAGUUAGAUUUCAGUCCACUUUCUUAGGGAGUGCGGCAAUUGCUGGCGUGUUGCCUAUUUCAACAUUGCAUGCGCAGGAUAAGAGUGGUGUCACAGUGCAAGGUGCUUUGAAAAUAAACUCCAUUGAUGCUACCGAGGAAAACCUUUUGCAGCUCAAAUAUGAUCCCAAAUCUGUCUGGGGUUACAUUGAGGUUCACAUUGAACAGGGACCUGUCCUAGAAACUGCGGGUUUUCCUCUUGGUGUGGUAAAAGGGAUUGCAGGACAGACACGGCUAAGGGUGACCGUAAAAGGUUCACAGGGGCAUGCUGGGACAGUCCCCAUGAAAUUGCGUCAAGAUCCAAUGGCUGCUGCUGCUGAAUUAAUUGUGUUGUUGGAAAGUCUUUGUAAACAACCUGAGGAAUAUCUAUCCUAUGAUGGUCAGUGCACGGCUUCUACGGUGCAAACUCUUGCAGGAUCUCUCGUUUGUACUGUUGGAGAAAUAUCUACCUGGCCAAGUGCAAGUAACGUGAUUCCCGGCCAGGUGACCUUCACUGUUGACAUACGGGCAAUGGAUGACCUAGGGCGAGAAGCUAUUAUAUAUGAAAUGUCUAACAGGAUGUACCAAAUAUGUGAUAGGCGUUCGGUUUUUUGUCAUAUAGACCGUAAGCACGAUGCCAAUGCAGUGAUUUGCGAUCAGGGGUUAAGUUCAGAUCUAAAAUCUGCGGGUUAUGCUGCUCUGAAACGAUUAACGGGCGAGAAUCCAGACGAUGUGCCUGUAUUGAUGAGUGGAGCAGGACAUGAUGCAAUGGCCAUGUCUCAUCUAACUAAGGUUGCCAUGUUGUUUGUGCGUUGUCGUGGUGGUAUUAGUCAUUCCCCAGCAGAGCAUGUGUCAGACGACGAUAUUUGGGCAGCCAGUGUGGCGGUCCUAGCAUUCCUGGAAACUCUUGUAUAA